AGUAAUGCGUGACGGGACAAAAUUGGCGACGAGGGAAAGAAGUUAAAAGAAAGAAAAGGCGACACGUCUUCUGCGAUGAAAGAAUGGGUUUUAUUAAAAAUGAAAAAAAGGCUGCACCUUCUUCAUCUUCUUCAACUUCGACAUCCCCUUGUGCCCAUCUGAGAGCUGCUUAUCACAAUUGUUUCAACAGAUGGUACUCAGAGAAGUUUCUAAAGGGUCAAUGGGAUAAAGAGGAAUGCGUUUCUGAGUGGCAAAAAUACAAAGCUUGUCUCUCUGAACACUUGGAUGAUAAGCUUUUGAGUAAAUUCUUGGAAGCUGAAAUCAUCCCAGCUGAUGUGGGAAACCCGAUUGAUGGUGCGACUGGUGUUUCUCGAUAAUGAAGGGAAUUACAUUUAUCAAAUCUGAUUUUGAGUUAUUAUGUUGACAUGUGGCGGGACUCAGUAGAGCGGCACAUGAAUCUGAACUAAACAAGUUCUGGUUUUAUUCUGCAAGAGAUAAUACCUUCUGUAGCGUAGAUGGAGAGUAUAACCUACAUAUGAAUUGUUUUAUACGUUAUAGGAGUGAGAUUUUUGGUGGUGGAAACCUCUGUUAUUCUGUUUUUUAGGGGCUAAAAUCCGAAAUUUGCAGAUGUGGAAUUUGAUAUGGAGAUCUUUACUCCAUACAUGGGUGAUGAAAUAUACUGUUUAUUCCAAUGGGGCCUUAGCCUUA